AUGAAUACGCAGCAACAGCUUCAACAUGACUUAGCCAUCACUCCAAAAACAGCCAAUCUCUUGAUCCAACUUGGUUAUACAUCAUAUCGCGACCUUCGCAAUCUUUCGCCAAACCAGAUCGUAGCUCAGCUCAAGACACUCCCUGAUAUUAUGCCCGCGCAGGCAGAGCAAUACCGACGGGGUUUGCGAAGGAUGGUCUGGCUAGCAACUCAAGAUAACCCCAGGGCGCAAGCUCAGUUAUAUCCGAAUUGGACCCAGAAAGCGCUCAAAGGGCGUGGUUUGUGGAGAGACGAUAUCGAUUACGACGGGCUUAGCGGAGAUGAAGUCAAUCAACUCCAUCAUGAGAUAAAAGACAGGGAGUUUUCGAUUGGCUAG